UACGUCUAAAUGACUGCCUAAAAUGUGGACUGUGCUCUAUUUACUGCUUUAAUUUGUCCUUUUGGUGCCAAAGAAGAAGCCGAAUAGCUUAUAUUAGUAGGCCUAAUACACAACUAUGGAAUUUACAGAAACUGGAGCCGGGAGAUCUUCGAAUCCUGGGGAUAGGUUUGAUAGGUGAAAGCUGCUGACAGCGAAUUAGCUUUCUAGCGAACGCGCUACUAAUCGUAAAACGAGUGCCAUGUCGACGUUCCUGUGCUUCCAUGUAUUUCUGCUCUUCCUCGCGGUGUGUGCAGUGAGGGACUGCCAUCCAGGCUGCCGUUGUGAAGUGGAGAGCUUCGGCCUGUUUGACAGCUUCAGCCUGACGAGCGUGGACUGCAGUGGCGUGGGCCCUGACGUGACUCCCAUUCCCAUCCCUUUAGACACCUCCUUCCUAGGUCUCUCCUCUAACUCCAUACGGACUGUCACGGACUCCAUGCUGGCUGGGCCAGGGUACACCACGCUGGCCAGUCUGGACCUGAGCAGCAACCUCAUCUCCAAGGUGGACAGUAAGGCCUUUUCCAGGCUCCGCUAUCUGGAGACUCUGGACUUGAGCCACAACUCACUGGACGAGCUGGCAGAUGGCUGCUUCUCUGGCCUACCCCUGGCCGAGGUGGAUCUGAGUGACAACAGGCUCCAGGAGCUCGGGCUGAACAUCUUCACAGUCAGGGGCCGGGGGAGGCCUGUGAUUGUAGAUGUGUCCAACAACCUGGUGAGGGCGGUCUCCAGAAAUCCACACACGAGCCCCCCAAACUUGCAGAGCCUCACUCUGGCAGGAAACCAGCUGGAGGCGGUGCCCAGAUUGCAGGGCGUUCCUUUGAGGUACCUGAACCUGGACAGAAACCCUAUAUCCAGAAUCGAGAGGGACAGCUUUGUGGAGCUGAAGGAUCUGGUCCACCUGUCCCUCAGCAGUCUUCCCCAGUUGUCCACCAUCCAACCCCAUAGUUUUCGAGACCUCCACAACCUGCAGGUCCUUGACUUGUCAAACAACACCAAACUGACCUCAUUGAACUCAGAUGUCUUCCAUGGCCUGGUGUCCUUAAAGGAGCUCAAUUUGUCAAACUCUGGAGUGAUGUCCUUGCCAAACAACAUUUUGAGUCACAUGCCAAGCCUUAGAAGCAUUACUCUAAGGGAGAAUGUAAGUUGCCGGAGAACUCAAAAACAAGAGCAGUUCCAUAGGCAUAUUGGGCUGCCAAAAAGCAAUAAGAUUCUGACCUGUGAUGUCACAGGCAUCAUUUCAUGAGAAUAUUUGCAGUACUGUAUACCCCAGAAACCCACAAGAGCCUUGAUGUGCCUUUGUAUUACUCACAAGCAACAAAGAGGAAACUUAAAAUUCCUCCCAGACUUGAUUGCUCAUUUCAGUCCCAGUUUAAUUUAGGGAAACGAAACAAUGUGUUGCUGCACAUUAUUCUUUUUAAACCCCUAGGAGAAUCCACCUUUCAGUCCACUGUUCUGUAUUUCAAGAGAAUAUAUGAGUGAGAUAAUGGAAACUGUGGUUUUGCAGUUUUGGUGAUGUGUUAUCACAAAACUGACACAGUGUGAUGUAAUGUAGUAACACAGUUCACUUACUGACCCCAGAGGAUUAACACUAUGUGCGAAUGGUAGCAAUAAUUUAAUAAGGAAAUCUGUUUUACUCAAGGCGGUUAUAAUGCACAGAUACAGAAUGAAUGUAUUCUUUUAAGUUAUUCAUAUUUUGUUAUUGGAUUAUACUUGAAAGCAAUAAUGGUGAUGAGACAUCAGACAUCUUUUAAUUCAUUAGUCCCAGGGGUGUGAAUUUACAUGUAUUUAAAUUUUAAAAAUGAUGAUAUCAUCAAGGAAAUGUCAAAAAUGAGUUUGCAUGAACAACAUUAAACACUGUACUAUACACUGACAUAUUUAAUAGUGUCAAAGUAAAAGGCCAAACAAGAAUCUGUACUGUGAAAUGCAUGGGUGUAACAGCCUUUAUCUCUGUGCAAUUACAGUCUAGCUGAUAUGUUACAAAGUAAUCAAGAUACUGAUUGCAAGCAUUGUUAUCAGUGUAAAGCAAAAGUGCCUUAGAAUGCAGUCUCAGAGCCAGUAAACAGAGGAAAUGUAAUCACUGAAGUACAGCAGAUGGUUAUGAAGAAUGCAGCUACGCUCUCAAAAACUAAGCUUCAUUUGGUGUCUAUCUGCCAUCAGUUGCCAUCUGGGUUUGGGACCGUGUUAUUCAGUGUAAAUAAGGUUGGGCAUUUGACAUAAUAUAAUAUUGGAAGGUGCAGUAUUUAUGUGUUGGUGGUGUAAUACUGUGGCCACAAGCCAGAAUGUCACAUCAAAUCAAAAAAAAUUUUUGGAAUGUACCUAUCAGAACAAAGUAGACAACAGAACAGAAGAGUAAUACACUGUUCAGUGUGGCAUGUAAAUCUGUUUUCACUGAUCUUACUUUUGGUUGUGAAAGAAGAAUUUCUUCUAAGCCAGUCAAUUACCACCUGCUGAGAAAACCAUCUAUCACUGCCUAUGUCCAAUGUUCUUGCCAACAGAACUGUCCAAAUUGUGCCUAGGAAAAUACACUGUGUUAGUAUAUUAAUGGUUUACCCUAUGCUGCUUUUUGCUCUGCAAAGCCAAGGGAUCAUUUUUUCAGUACUCAUUAUCACAAACCUCACAGGAUCUAGCAAGCACUUCUCUUGAUAGAGGUCUACAUAUUUUUUACAUGCUUUUGCCCUUAUUGUGGAUGCAUUUCUCUUGUCAAAGUCAGCAGUCCUUCUGAUAAAUCAGUUCGGAAUAAGACUGACUUGCUGUGUAGUUUGGUUGGGACAGUUUUAUGCUUUCUGUAAAUGGGAAAUUGAUCUUAAAUAUCUGUAAUAGUGAUUUAAUCUACACUUGAACUUUUUCUAUUUUUUUCUUCAUAUUUGCACUUGAAAAUGUAUGCAAUAUAAAGUCUUGAUAUGU